CUUGAUAUACACACAGUGUUGAUCUGCGAUCCAGAGGAUUCACCAUUUUCAGAAAUGGCAAGGUUGAUCGUGCUGGUUUUGAUUGCAACAGUGGGAGCCAUUAUUUCGGCUUCGAGGCCAGCAGCUGUUGCUGCAGUUUCUUGCAUGUCUGUUAAUGAUAACCUGGUGCCUUGCUUGCCAUACGUAACCGACGAAGUCAGUGAACCAAGCAGUGGUUGCUGUGAAGGUGUACAAAGGGUUCUUGAUUAUGCACCGUCCAAACCAGACCUUGUAGCAGUCUGCAACUGCAUCAAAGCAGAUUUGCCAGACAUGGGAAAGGUUGACACCCCUCGCAUUGCUGGGCUCCCAACAGCUUGUGGAAUCAGCAGAAACUUUCCUCGUAUUGAUUCCAACUACGAUUGCUCCAUGGCUUCUGAGUUCUGAUUGACUGCACCGGAGCUGCUCUGCUGAAGGACAACUUCUGUGAUGGCUCACUCGUUACCAGUUAAAUAAAGUUACUUUUCACUUGUGCCCGUUUAUCUAGAAUUUUUGUGGGAACUACUUGGAAAGGCAAAGAGGCAGUAGGUAGCUUAAUCAAGCUACC